AUCGUGUUGACGACAUCUGUUUAAACAACAUGGAAAAUCACCAAUAUUCAACCUACCCUAGGUAUUACGUACCAACUUAACCUACAUAUAUACUUGCCACUUCCAAAUUUGAAAUUUUCAUUUUCUACAUCUAGGUGUUGUUAUGGUGCUACGGUGACUUCAAAUGAAAUAGGUUCCACCUACACCCAAGUAUAGACUACACAUGUGUGCCCAAGAGAUAAAUCUAAGGUACCAAAUCGAGCCAUGAGUAGAUAAUUCUUGGUAGAGAUUGGGGAAAAAACAAAAAAAGCUGCAGACAACCGUUGGUCUUCCGAUAGGGUUUGGUUGUUUGCUACUAGGUACUUGGUGUCCUACUAUCUAACUAAUACUUGAUAUACAUAGCAUCUCACGUCCAACUCUUAAUACAUACAUAUGUAUUGAUGCGGGAGAUACACUUGUACAUGUACAUAGUAGCAACAUCAAUGAUCGAACAUUGAAGUUCUUCACGUUGGGACAUGUACAACCAGGCAGGACGUUCUUGCCUCCUUUCGCAACUCCCAUCUAGCACCCACAUUUCUUCAAAUCAAGAAUCUAUCUACUUCUUAUUUCAUUAUUCCUGCCACAUUCACCACCUCAAGUUCUUCAUUCAUGCUUUCAAUGUGAUAAAUACUAGAGCAACAGCAUACAUUCAUUAUUCAGUCGAUACUGUGACUCGAGGAAUAUAACCACAAGGCUUUCUUUCCUACUUAAGACCAAGUUAUCGUCAUGAAGUGCAGCACUACCGUCCUUGUGUCGGCCUUUGGCUUCUGUCUGGGCAAGGGUGUAAUGGCCAAUGCUAUCACGGUUGAUCCUGACGUCGCAUCUCCCAUGCCACCACCUAUUCUUGGGAAACGAGACGCCUUCACUUGUUAUGGUGUCACAAACACCUCCGUCGCGGACUGUCAGACAGCCAUUGACUCCAUACAGGCUGAGAGUCAGCAAGGAAUCAAGCUCUACUCCAACAUUUGUGCCGUGUGGGAAAAGGGAACUUGCAAGAUUCGAUUUUGUGCCCAACCCUACGUCACCAAGCCCGUGAACCGAACUGGAGCGUGGCUGGCCACUUAUAUAACCACCCCAUUGCUAGAUAGCUGCAUCAGCCAGGGGAAGAUGGGAGUCUUGGGUGACCACCCUAACAUUAACAGUCAUGCGGGUACCUACCGAUUAUGGGUAUCUUAAUGGUGGGUUUAUGCGAUGCGAUGAGGAAACAGCCGAAACUGGUCUGGCAAGAGAGAUGUAACCUGGGCGACAUUCUACUAGCCUUGAAAGGCUCAAACAGGUUGGAGUUAUAUGUAAAACCAUAGGGCACUGCUAUUAGGAAGUGAUCAAUAUGUACUUGUAGUCACUAAAUACGCCAACUUAGUUAGUGCCUUCACUUCACCUAAGACUUGUGAAUGAUUAGAUAUAGGUCGUAGUGUUUUAC